AUCCCGUGCUCUAGUAGAAACCACACUAGAGUCUUCCUCCUUCCGCGCGCGUUUUCAAUUUUUGUCCGGAUCCAGUUGCGCUGUCCUCUUUUGAAGAGAAAUCCAAGGAGGAAAAGGAAAUCGGCGAGUUGGAAAGUGGUUAGGGCUGGGAAAGGUCGAAUGGGGGUCUCGGAUAAUUCCAAAGGUUUCGUUCUCGCCCUUGUCUCGAGCGCCUUCAUCGGAUCCAGCUUCAUUCUGAAGAAGAAGGGGCUAAAGCGGGCAGGCAAAUCUGGCGCACGAGCAGAGAUUUUCGUCAGCUUGUGGCUUAUGUUUUGGCUCCAGCUGCUUUAGUUACUCCUUUGGGCGCAUUAAGCAUAAUAGUCAGGAACGAUUGCAGGCAAUGGGCAUUUUGGGUUGUGUAUCCUGCAUUGUUGGUUCUGUUGUCAUUGUGAUUCACGGACCUCAAGAACAAUCUCCAAGUUCUGUAGAAGAAAUUUGGAAGCUAGCCACUCAACCUGCAUUUUUACUUUAUGCAGCAGCUACAUUUUCUGUAGUACUAGCAUUGGUAUUACACUUUGAGCCACUCUAUGGGCAAACAAACAUAUUGAUUUAUUUGGGCAUCUUCUCCUUAAUUGGAUCACUGACGGUUGUUAGCAUAAAAGCCGUUGGAGUUGCUAUCAGCCUUACAUUAGAGGGGAUAAGUCAGGUUACAUACUACCAAACUUGGCUUUUUGUCACAAUUGCCCUUGUUUGUGUGAUCUCUCAGCUGAAUUACUUAAACAAGGAUUGGUUUGGGCAAAAUAUCAGCAGCAUAGCUUCCGAAAUAUGUGGUUUUAUUACAGUUAUUUCUGGGACUAUCUUAUUGAACACGAUCAAAGAAUAAGAUGUGUUUCCUUCAACAGGUUCAAAAUCCUGGACACAGGUUCAAGAACAUCGAUGAUGACCAUUUUGUCAUCUUGCAAAGUUCUGAUUGAUUAUACUUGAGCCAAAUGCGUUCAGGAGGCUUAUCACAGUACCAUCUUGCUCCACAGGGGAAUGCCAGAAUAUUGCCAGGUGGAUGCAUUUAUAAUGUAUUUUUAUAUUCAAUUUUCGUGUUUGAAAUAUAUAUGUUUUUCAUAGUAUUUCCUGAUAUGUGGGACAUGUAAGUUGGUUUUUGAAGUUACAAACUAGGCAACUUGUAUAUUUGCUUGUAUUCAAAACAGAGGUUGCCUCUUCCACUGUGUAUAGUUCAGUCAUUGCAAGCUAGUUCAUUUUUCA